AUGCUCAAUUGGAUCUGGAAGAUCUAUCAGAACAGCGAGGGGCUGUGGGCUGACCUGCUAAGGGCCAAAUACCUGGGAGAUCACGACUUGUUCUCUCCAGCCGUGCCGACUAAGGGCUCGCAGUUCUGGAAUGCCAUUCAGAAGAUCAAAUGGUAUUUCAAAAUGGGGGCCAAGCACAAGGUCCGGAACGGGAAACGCACCUACUUUUGGCUUGACUGGUGGACGGGCACGGGGCCCCUGCGUCUGACCUUUCCCCGCCUCUUUGCUUGUUGCGAUAACCACUUCGCCACUGUUGAAGGGGUGCGUGACAAUGAAGGGUGGCACAUCCGGUUUAGACGCUCCUUCGGUCUCGCGGAGACGGUGGAAUGGGACAACCUUUGUAGAAUCUUUGAUCUAACCCCCAUGUCUCCGGGCGAGGACGAGGUCCGCUGGUCGCUGGAUCCUUCCGGAGAUUACUCCACCAACUCCAUGUACUGUAAGCUUUCUCAGGGCGGGGCCAUAACCCACUUCAAAGAGUCUUGGAGGGUUCUGGUCAGACCGAGGGACCUGCCGCUUCUGGACGCGGCGCUGGACGAGCACGUGGAGCUGUAG